AUGGUGACGUUGCUCCGGCCGCACCGCCACGCCCAUGGGCCGGCCGCCGAGAGCGUUCUCCUCAUCAGCAGAAGCCACAGCCAACAACAUCAGCUGCCGCCGACGCCGUCGUCUCCUUGCCGCUGCAGCGUCGUCCUGAGGCCCAUGGCACAGGACCCCUCCCACCCGCACCGGCAGAGCAAGGACACCGCCUCGCCACCGCAGCAGCAGCAGCAGCAGCAGCCUGAGGAGCCAGAGAUAGUAGUGCACCAGCCCGCGCCGACGCCGCAGCCGCCGCGCGACGUCCAGGUCCAGGAAGCGGCAGCCAGCAGCAGCAGUAGCAGCGGCAGCGACGCCGGCUCCUCCUGGCUUCAGCUCGGGAUCGGCCCGUCUUCAGCAUCCCCGCCGCCGCCGUCGCCCCCGCACCGGAAACGGCAGAGGCCCGACGACGACGACGCAGGCCCCUCGACGUCCGUACAGCCGGCCUCGGCCCUGCCCCUGCCCCUGCCCCUGCUCCCGCAGCUGCAGCUCUCUCUACAACCAGCAGGGCCUUCGUCCUCGUCCUCGGCAGCGCCGGUGGGAACAGUGGUGGCGGCGGCGCCGCCACCACCCGCCCACGACGCCGGCACGUGGUUCUUGCUCCGGGCGGCCCAGAAUCAGAGGAGGGAGCCGCCAUUGCCGCAGAUCCCCAGGAGCUACUUGCGGGUUAGCAGAGACGGGAGGAUGACAGUUAGAGUAGUGAUGAGGUACCUUGUUAACAAGCUGGGCCUUGACGAUGAUUCACAGGUGAGGGGUGUGCGUCUCACCUGUUACGUCAGGGGUGGAGGGAGAGGAGGCCAGGCGCCCUCUCGGCCUGGACCCCAUGGCGAUUAA